ACGGAACUCAUGUUCGCAUAAUUUCACUAAGAAGAGAAGUGCAACAUCUUUAUCUUAACAGAAAGGGCUACUACAGUUUAAACGUGAUGAUUCUUUGUGUUUAUAAAAUGUCUAUUCGGUAUGUGGAUGCUAGGCAUGCAGGCGCAAAUCAUGACUCUUUUGUUUUCAAUGUUAGCGAUUUGAAAGUGCAUUUACAGAAAAACAUACAGAAUAACACUUGGAUCUUGGGCGACGCUGGCUAUCCUCUGCACAAAUUUUUAAUGACGCCUUAUCGCUUGGCGGAAGCUUCUUCACCCCAAGCACGCUACAAUACAGCACACUCAAAGGCCCGGAAUAUUGUAGAGCGGACAAUUGGUGUACUCAAGAGUACAUUUCGAUUUCUUUUAUCUGUACGAGGUUUAUUACACUCCCGAAAAGGCUACGCAAAUUGUGAAUGCUUGUUGCGCAUUGCACAAUAUUUGCCAACACUUUCAAGUGGAAUCUCCGGAAGAAAUACCAUCUACUUCACAUACUACAAUGACCAAUGAUAUUUUGGAC